AUGCACAAGCAGAACGAGACCGCACAGAAAAUCGCUGCCCGAGCGUUCGCGCAGUGGUACUUGGCCGACCUGCUCCCUUCUGUUUUUGGCAGCCUCAGGGAUGGUGGCUACUUUUUUGAUCCCGUUGAAAGAGUUAAGCUUAGUGAUCCAGGGGCUGUGUUAGGUCUUGAAGAUAAAACAGGAGACCUGGGCCCUGCCUUCACAGAACCCAUACCUGUUAGCUGUCUGUCAGCGUCCCCUCAGAGCCACCUCUCCACAGCUAGUCUGGCCAAACGAAGAACUUCGAAGGUGACCAUAGUGAUAUUCAGCAAUGAGCCUGGGAGCAUAGAGAUUCAGAGACAUCAGCAGUCUAAGAGGAGGGCUCUUGCCAGAAGACGAACCCAAGAGCAGCUCAGAGCACAAACGCCAGAACCUGUGGAAGGCAGAAAGCAUGUGGAUGUGCAGACAGAAUUAUACCUUGAAGAAAUUGCUGAUCGCAUAAUAGAAGUUGAUAUGGAAUGCCAAACAGACGCAUUUUUGGACAGACCACCAACACCACUCUUUAUUCCUGCCAAAACUGGCAAAGAUGUGGCCACCCAAAUACUAGAAGGAGAGUCAAUUUUUACCUAUAUUGAGAUAGGAUUCCUUCCAUGGCUAAUGGAUGAAGUUGACAAAACGAUGGAAUACAGCAUGGUGGGAAGAACAGUGCUUGACACAUUGAUUCGUGAGGUGAUUGAGAGGAGGCUGACAAUGUAUGAGCAUGUGGAGAAGCACCAGCCCCUGAAACCUGAGGACGGGCUCGGUGGUGCUGGAGCAAUGAGAGGUCCACUGGUGGGUUACGACUUCCGCGAACAAAGUGCAUCCCAGUCACAGAGGUCUCUUGCGGAUAGA